AUGCCCCACAUCUCCGUGCGGCAACUGGCCGUCGUCGCGACGGUGAGCUCCACGGCGGGGCCGGGCCCCGCCAGCGUAGGUGCCUUCGAGGCACCGCGUGACGUUCACCGUGCCCGCCUCUGGCACAUCUACGGCGUGGAUGAGCUCACGCCGUCCGCGCCCAAGCUGCAAGGUGGCCACCUCUCCCCUGCUUUCCUUUCCGGCAACGCCGCCCCUAUGCUGAGCCCCGUGGUGUCGCUAAACCUGCAUGCAGAUCUUCCGCUCGACGAAAUGCACCGGAGCACCACCCAGCGCCCGGGCCGCCGCCGCGGUGCAGGCCGGGCUGCCGCCAAGCGCGACCACCUCAGCGCCCUCCCGGACGAGCUCCUGCACCACAUCAUGUCAUUCUUGAAGGCGUGGGAGGUGGUCCACACCUGCGUGCUCGCGCGGCGGUGGCGCCACCUCUGGGCGUCCGUGCCCUGCGUCAAUCUCCGCGUGCACCCCUCCACUGGCCGCUACGGCGACCCGUCUGAGAAGUUCCGCGACUUCGUGCACCGGCUCUUCCUCCUACGUGAAGCGUCAGCCCCCGUGGUCAUGCUCCGCCUGUGGUCGAGCGACGAAGAAGCUGGCUUCACCGAUGACGACGCCAGCGUGUGGAUGAGGGCCGCCAUCAAGCGCAACGCGCGGGUUAUCCAUCUCACCGGGUGUUGCUCGGAGAUCGCGUCGUUGGACCGCGUGUCGUUCAUCUCUUGCCACCUCAAGGUCUUGAAGUUGUCGUAUGCCAUGCUCGACUACAGGAUCCUCCGGCAGCUUUCUUCUAGCUGCACGUCUUUGGAAGUACUAGGUCUGAAGGAUUGCUUGGUGGCGGGCCCUAGGAUUGUGUCCGCCUCUUUGAAGACUUUAAUCAUGCUCGAAUGCGAGAUCAGUUGCGCCUUCUCCAUUGCUGCUCCGAACCUCCUACUUCUGCACCUCAUCACACCUUACGUCCGAGUCCCAUCAUUCAAGAAUUUGGGGUCUCUUGUCACAGCUACUAUCAUACUUGAUGACUCUUUCUUGGGUGAUGACAAUGAAUACAUCAGUGAUGAAGAUUACUGUGAUGGAACUACUGAUGACGACGGGGAUGAUACCGACUACAAUGAUUGGACAGAGAGCUCGAAGAUUCAUGAUGAGUCUUCCUUGAGUGAUAAUGUUGGAUAUGAUGAUUUUAUAAGGUUUGGAUAUGGACAUGGUUUUGCUGAAGGAAUUUACAGGCAUGAUCGUUACAAGGAUAAUUAUAACUAUGGUGGAUUUCCAGUAAAGACAGUAUCUAUGGUGGAUAUAGAGAAUGCAAUGAUGCGAAGAUUUUAG